UGUGAUGAGAAUAUCUUAAAUUAUCGAUGGCACACUGCAGACACAAUUUACUUCAGAAACACUGAUGUUAUAACGACAAUUCUCGUGAAUUGAAGGCGGCGGUUAUCAUCUCCAAAUAUAUCAAAGCCAUCAACAAAUCAAAACUUCAACGAGUGGUUGGAAUUCUUACCAAGAAAAGAAAUACAUUCAAAGAAUACCUUUAUCAGCUUAAUGUCCAACUCGGACACCAGAGUGAGAACAGAUGUCUCGCGCCGGAAGGGGACAUACAGUAUAUACAAGAUUUACAGUUAAAUAUAAUCUAUAAAAACAUAAUCUCGGAAACGAUCACGUGUCCACGGGGUGAGAUCAGUGAGGCGUGACGUUGUCUACUGUUUCCUCUGACCGCCUCCCCUAGGAACUCCGGACACAGAUGGCCUCAACUAUGUAGACUGGACAUCAUGGUGAAAUCGGAUGUCCCGAAUGAUGCCUAUCCAAUGGACAUAUGGGGCAAAAGUAGCACACCAAAUAUGACGUCACAAACACAACUUCCGGUCAACGGAUUGAAACGAGGUUUCCGGAAGCCACAGAAUAAGUUCCGAUGGUACAUCAUCAUCGGGAUCAGCGUUCUGAUUACUUUGUUAGUGGUGUUGGUCAUCGCUUUGGCCGUUCAUUUCACGAGUACCACGGCUACUCCAGAAACAUUCACUGGUACACAGAUAGCAGACGGAACAGCAGAUAUAAGGUCAACUGACCAAUCAGGCACCGGAACAAAAUUGAGUACGUCAACGAUGACGUCAGGUGGAGAUGUAACAGCUGACCUCGCCAUGCAGCCAAGCUCGACUACACAGACUGCUGCCAUAUAUUCAACCUACAGCACGCCUUCUGAGAACCCGGGCACCGCCACUUCCGGUGUUGGCACGGUAACGCCUAGUAUCACGACACCAACUGGUCCGAGAUUGACCUUAAUGGCAUCUGACCUUACCGCCGAGAGGGAAAAAAUGACCUUGACCUGUGAGGCUAUCAAUAUGGCUGGAUGGAGUGACCUUCAAAUCUUCCGUAAUGACAAUGAUGUUACUGAGACUGUUGGUACCGUGAAGGCUGGGUUCCUAUUCCCAUCAGUGUCCGUCCUUGACCCAGACUUCAGUUCCCAGAUAUCAUACAAGGACGAUGCUAUCGCCUUUGUGCUAGAGUCUGACAUUCCGUACUGCUCCAAGGUGACCAAUUACUCGUGUAUCGUCCGGGCACUUCCUGGGACCUUCACAGCGGUCACAGAGGUCAAAGUAAAACAAGUGGAGCCCACGAUCAUCGUACCCAAGUCUGUUGUUGCUGAAAAGAAUAUAACGCUACAGUGUUCUGCCGACAUUCACGGUCAGAGAGGCGCUAUCAGGUGGAAAAUCCGCCCUCCUGGAAUGCAAACAUUCUAUGACCUUAGUACUACUCCUGUGACGUCACAAACUUUCUCGAAUUGUUCUACUUCUAUAAAUAGCACGCUGGAAUUCCUCCCUAAAGCCUCCGAUAACGGGUCACACUUCCGGUGUGUCAUUGAGGGAGCUGAUGGUGUAAUGGAUAAGGCCGACUAUCCCUAAAACAGAUGUCGAAUUCCACGUCAUUCCAGAUACGUUCUGCGUUGAUAAGCCCGUGUAUACUAUCCACACACAUCCCUACUCCCCGUGUAACUUGGUGAUCUACUGUUUCCAGACGGGUCCACUCGUGUACGAAAUCAACUGUGAUCCGGGCACCUGUUACGACAAGGAAUAUACUAAAUGCGUCUGAGCAUGUGAUAAGUGCCUUCACCUCUGUGGUAGUGAAGUCUGUUACCAAACAUUUUUGUCAUGGACUUAAGUUAAGAGUGAUAAAAUUAUCGUAUACGGAAGAUCGCAUCGUUGAUUUGUACAUUAGACUUCCGUGAAUUCAAAGAAAUCCAGAUUUUGUGUAUCCGCAACUAGUGUCAUGGUGGGAUUAAAUGUGUAGUUACUGUUGUGCUAGCUCAAAUACAGUUACUGAAUAUAUGUGUGUGUUACAUGUAUGUUGCCUUGGAAGUACCUGCUUUAUUUCAUGGACAUAUUACACGACUUUGGUGACUAUAGAACCAGGUUCCAAAAUCGUCAUGAUGUAGUUUUUAUAUAGACCAAAAUAAAAAUGUGUACAUUUACGAUUUGAGACCUCAAUAUAACUCAAACAUUGAAUCGGUUUUCGUGUUACAUCCAAUAACAGUGUAAAUUCUUAAAUGAUGUACCUCGGCAUAAACAUAACACGUGUUUAUUGUAGUUAUGAUGAAAUGCAGAUAACACAGAUUACUAAUUAGUGUGUUGAAGAAAGUAGAAGUCCUUUACCUUAGUGAAGAUCGCUUUUAAAAUAAAAAACACAACAGUCAUGAAUUAAGUAUUGUAUUUACGUAAUUUUAUAAGCACUUAUCAUUUAUGUAUAUCAUUGUCACAGAACUAUCAAAAGUACAGAUAUAUUAUGCAUUUUCAAAGUUAUGACAUUCCAUUAAAUAACCCUUUUUAAGUAAAUAUAA